AUGAAGACCUCGACGAUUCUCUCCUUGUCGGCGCUGAGCGCUGUUGCUGUCUGCCAGGCGAGCAUCUACAGCCAGUGUGGCGGACAAGGCUGGACCGGUCCGAUCACUUGUCCCUCCGGUUCUACAUGCGUCUCUCAUAAUGAGUGGUACAGCCAGUGCAUCGCCGGAGGCGACUCCGAAGACACCGAGCCCGCUCCGGAACCCAGCGCCCCGCAAGUCUCGUCUGCCGAAUCCACAGCGGCCCCAUCCUCCGCUGAAGAGGCCCCCGUUCCUUCCGUCACCGAGGCCGUCUCCACCUCCGAAGCCGCCGCCGUCAUGGCCACGGCUUCGGACGAAGAGGAAGCCACAACCGAGGUCUCGGCCUCCGCGCCGUCUACGACUCUCGCGACUCAGACGAAAGAGGCCAUCGCCGCCCCGUCCGGCGUGACCAAGACCCUGCCCCAGUCGUCGGGUACCGUCGAGACGGACGCCGCCAUCCCCGUCUCGGGAGAGUUCGACGGCGGGAUGAAGUUGUACGACCGUGUCCCCGCGGUCUGCCAAGAACAAACGGAGACGGGCGAAGACGACGCCAUGUUCAUCCUCGAAGACGGCGCGACGCUGUCCAACGUCAUCCUCGGCCCCGGGCAGGCCGAGGGCGUGCACUGCAAGGGGAGCUGCACGCUGAUCAACGUGUGGCACUCGGACGUGUGCGAGGACGCCGUCACGCUGAAGCAGACCUCGGGCACCUCCAACAUCAUCGGCGGCGGGGCCUUCAAGGCCUCGGACAAGGUGGUGCAGUUCAACGGGCGCGGGACAGUCUCGAUCAAGGACUUCUACGUCGAGGACUUUGGCAAGCUGGUGCGCAACUGCGGCAACUGCAAGGACAACGGCGGGCCGCGGAACAUCGUCAUCGAGAACGUGGUGGCUGUCGACGGCGGCGUGCUGUGUGGCAUCAACACCAACUACGAGGACACGUGCGCGAUUGCCAACUCGUGUCAUAGCGAUGGCAAGAGCUGCGAUCGGUACGAGGGCAACUCUUCGGGUGCGGAGCCGACCAAGAUUGGCAGCGGUCCUGACGGGGAGUUCUGCACCGUCACGGGCUUGACCGAGACUUGCUAA